AGAUUAAAUUGAAAACAAAUGAGAACCACAAAACAAAUUCAAUUAUGCAGGAGUCGGGAGUUACUCCACAAACCAUAUUACUCUCCUCAACUACCCUUCACACCUUCAUUUCUCUCUUCCCAAUUAUUAACUAGCAAUCUUAGGCGCAAUAUUCUUUCAUUCUUCCACACACUUACAUUAACUUUAUAUUAUACAGAAAUUUUUAUAUCAGAGCAUUUUACCUUGAAAUUAAUGGAGGAGUCGGGAGAAAAAUGGCCUUCUGAUUUGGAAAAAUGUGAUGACGUCAUUUUGGAAGAUGGAGAAUCUGAAUCUGUGUAUGAUGAGAAAUUGUUGGCACUUUCAGCAGCCAUAGGCUUGAAGAAGACAAAAUUAGACAAAGCUUCGAUCCUAGAGAAAACCAAACACUAUGUGGAACAACUUCAAGAACGUAUAAAAGAGUUGGAACAAAAUGUUGGAUUCAACAAUAUUUGUAGCAACAAUUGUAGAACAGGUAAUAAUAUUCUUCCCGACGUGAAAGUCAAAGUGUUACAAAAGGAAAUUCUCCUCACAAUUCAUUGUCAGAAACAAAAGAGUGUUAUGCUCAAAAUACUUACUCACCUUGAAAGCCUUAAUCUUUUAGUACAGACUAGUAAUAUCUUGGAAUUUGGAAAAUUUGCCCUUGAAAUCACCAUCGUGGCUCAGAUGGGUGAUGGAUACAAUAUUACAAUGGAGGAACUAUUGAAAAGUCUCACAAUAUUGAUAAUGACAAAGUAGCAUGUGAUUGUUACGUAUGAAAGAAAUAUAAUAUUAAAUGUAAUUCUGUUUAAUUACUCUGCAAGAUUAAAUUGUUGUC